AGAUAAAAAGAAAAUCCACAUGAACAUAUUACGAGUAUAAAAUAUCAUUUACAUUGAUUGAUAUUUGGCCAACUACACUUAAGAAAUCAAUUAUAUGAUUGUACCUUGUCAAGGUGUUCAUGAAAAUCACUCUCUAUUUACAAAUAUAGUGAAAACUUGCAUAUCAAAAUCAUGACGGGUAACCCUUAAUAGUAGCUAAUGGUAGACUGAGUACGAGUACCUAUAAUUAUCCUCCAGCUAGGUUCAUUCUUGAGUUUUAUUUCAUUAAAAAAAAAAAACUAGGUUCAUUCAAUUUGUAUUGUUUUCAUUGGUAUAUACGUAUACGAUGACCCAACCAUCAACAAAACCAAAAAAAACUCAUGAAAUAAACAUGAUCACUAAUACUAAAUACUAUAUACAAUCUUCCUUAUAUAUCAAAUUAGUCUAAGAGUUUGUCUCAUUUUGUCACAAUUCGAACUCUAGAAAUUAAAUGGAUACACACACGACUAAAUUAGUCGUGAUUUCACUUCUACUACUUCUCGUGAUCUCCGAUCACACUAGGCUAAUGAUUCAGGUUCACUCAUACGUACCAUUUUGUGCAUACACAUACGAUUAUUUUUCUUAUUGUCUAGACUUUCUGACGGGAUAUCACUACAAACCCGGUAAAAAAUGUUGUGUCCAUAUCGUAAAACUCAACAUAAUUGCGAAACACAAAAAAGAGAAUCCGAGGCUUUUGUGUAAUUGUGUUGAGAUGAUGACGAGAGGUUAUACGCCUCCAAUUUUGGCUGAUAAGAUCCAACAGCUUCCUCUUCUUUGCAACACACAUCUCAGUUUCCCAAUCUCCUCUAGCAUGGAUUGCUCCACGUAA